GUUGUUCAAUAGAGAAUCAUCUCAAAUAGAAGACAUGGCACCUUUAAUGUUAUUGAUGAUUGUUGGUUUGGCUUCAGUUUAUGGAGUUCAGAGUGAGAAUUAUUUGAGUAAAGAAGCCGGUAUUUUUACGAUGUUACUUCAACCCAGAGUUUCUGAUGAUAAAGCUUGUACAGAUUGUUUGAAAUUUCUCGGUGAUAUCAACACUGUUAUUGCAAGUCAACCUUUCGCUGCUCAAAUGGCUUCCAAGGUAGAUAUUGGCUGUGCUUUGGUUGGUUCUACUGAAGCACAAUGUAAACAAAUGGUAACAGCAUUGAUCCAUUCAGCUUUAACUUUUGUAUCCAACUUUAACAAUCCACAAAUAACCUGUGAUAUGCUAGCUUUAUGUAUACCAACUCCUCCAUCUAAACAACUCUAGAAUGGUAGAAGCUGAACUGUAGCAACUAGAGAGCUGAACGUUGUGAACCAGGAUAGAUAGAAGAUGAUAACCUACUUAUAAUUAUAAAUAAAUUAUAUUUAUUAUAUAUUGUUGUAUAUUUGAAAUAAAAUAUUAUGUUAUGUAGUAA